AUGGCGAAAAUGGCGUUAACGACAGAUUUUAAAAUUCCGAAGCUAAAUGGAGCAAACUAUCGUGACUGGACAUUUAACAUGCGCCUAUAUCUCGAGAGCCUAGAUUUAUUUGGGCAUGCUGAUGGUUCUGUUGAAGUUCCCGCUGAAGACGCGUCUGAACAGGUAAAGCAACAAUUUAAGUCUGCUUCGAAAAAGGCCUGGACGUAUAUUUGUUUGGCUGUAGAGACUGAUCAACAAAUUCAUGUAAGGAACACGAACACAGCAAAAGAGGCUUGGGAUGCCCUGAAGAGUCAGUUUGCUAGAACUUCGAUAUCUCAGAUUGUAAGAUUACGCCAAAAGUAUUAUUCAAGUAAAUUUCAAAAAGGUGGAAAUAUGCUAGAGCACAUAAAUCAUGUGAAGUCCCUUCAUGACCAACUAAAGGAAAUGGGUGCAAAUAUUGAUGACGGAGAACUAGCUAUGACCUUGCUCGCGAGUUUACCGGAUGAAUUUAAGCCACUCAUUACCGCGUUAGAUGCUGUUGGAGAGGAGAAAAUCACUUUUGAAAAGGUGAAAGCCAUGUUGUUAAAUGAUGCUGACAGAAUUACUGAUUCGAAGAAAAUGGAAGAUGCAUAUUCUGCUCAACGAUGGAACAAUAGAAGAAGAUACGAGUCGAAAGAGCGAAAUGACAAGAGGAAUGAAGUUAAAUUUGGUCGGAAAUUCCAAGGAACCUGUCAUUACUGUAAAGAGAAAGGACACUUUGCUCGAGACUGUCCUAAACGAAUUAACAAUUCACAAAGAGAUGGUAAUCAAAGUAAAGGUAAAGGAUCUGCUUGUUGUGCUCAAGAGAAGAGUGAGCAAAAUAAUACUGAUGAAGAAGCAUUAUAUACUUCUGAUGAUGAAAAUAGAUGUGGAUGGAUUAUUGACUCGGGUGCGACUCAACACAUGACUUUCGAAAGAAAUCGUCUGUCCAACUAUGUGGAAUUCAAGAGACCAUGUAGUGUGAACCUCGGUGAUAAUAGAUCAAUCCUUGCGUAUGGAAAGGGAACCUAUCAUGUGAAAGCUGUUGUGAAUGACCGAAUUCAACACGUAGCAUUGCAAGAAGUAUUGUACCUGCCAGAGUUAGAUAAGAACUUGCUGUCAGUCCAUGCAAUGGUGAAACGUGAUGCAACUGUUACUUUCAAAGAAAACAAGUGUGAAAUUUCUCGGAAUUUGAAGAUUUUAGCUGUGGGAGAGAUCCAAGGAAAGUUAUAUGUCUUGAAUAUUGUGAAAGAGCAUGUGAACAUUGCCAAACAACAACCUGAUACAGAUCGGUAUUUGUGGCACUGUAGACUUGGCCAUCUGGGAAUGAACAAUGUGAACAAACUUAUUAACGAAAAUAUGGUAAGUGGUGAAGCAUGUAUCAAGGGGAAGCAUCAUCGCUGUCCUUAUCCGAAGACUGCUGAUUAUCGUGCUAGUGAACCAUUCGAACUUGUCCAUAGCGACGUCUGUGGUCCAAUGUCUGUACCUUCUCUUGGUGGAUCAAGAUAUUAUGUAAGCUUCAUCGACGACUACUCGCGCUAUAUAUUUGUAUAUUUCAUGAAGAACAAGAGCGAAGUCUUGGAAAAGUUCAAAGAGUUCCACACCUAUGCUAUGAAUAUCACUGGAAAGCCAAUCAAGGUUCUACAUUCUGAUAACGGAGGAGAGUAUUCAUCGAAAGAAUUCGAAUCUUUCCUGAAGAAGAAUGGUAUCGUUCAUCAAUUAAGUGUACCAUACAACCCAGCGCAGAAUGGUGUAGCGGAAAGAAUGAACCGAACGGUCGUAGAAACAACCCGAUCCAUGUUGUCCCAUGCACAUAUUCCAAACGAAUUCUGGGCUGAAGCAGUCAAUACCUCAGUUUACGUGCGAAAUCGCAGCCCAACGAAAGCUUUAAAUGAUAUCACUCCGUACGAAUGCUUGUUUGAAAAGAAACCUGAUGUGUCCAAUUUACGCGUAUUCGGAUGUAUUACAUACAUGCAUAUCCCUGACAAUCAAAGAAAGAAACUGGACGCAAAAUCUAGAAAGUCAAUUUUCAUGGGGUAUCCAGAAGGUGUGAAAGGAUAUAAGUUAUAUGAUCCUGUUUCUCGUAAAUUCCUUCGCAGUCGUGAUGUCAUAUUUCUGGAGAAGAAAUUUCAUGACUUUGAUAUUCAAACUUCAUCAAAUUUUGAUGAUCGCGCAGAGGAUGAUAUUCCGAUAAUGAUCGAAGAAACUCCUGUUGACGGAAAUGAAAAUCAAGAUGAAAUUGCUAAUCAAAGAGUUGCAGAGAAUGCUGAAGGAAACCAGCAAGCCAAUGACCAGCCAGUGGGAGGAACCUUUGAAGAGACGUUUAUGAAUGAAGUUCGUAACGUUGGUGAACACAGAAUGAGAACACCACCCAAUAGAUUUGAUGAGGAAUGCUACUUAGCGAACGAUAUAACAGCAGAUAUUAACGAGCCAAUUAAUAUGGAUGAAGCCUUUUCUGGAGAACAUUCAGCAGAAUGGAAACAAGCUACUGACUCAGAGAAUAAUUCGCUUAUUGAAAACGAAACCUGGGAACUUGUUUCAUUACCCAAAGGCAAGAACGUUGUCGGCAGCAAAUGGGUUUUUAAGGUGAAGACAGAUGAAAACGGCUGUGUACAAAGAUAUAAAGCUCGACUAGUGGCCCAAGGCUACACCCAAGCCGAAGGAGUCGACUACUCUGAAGUAUUUUCACCUGUGGUACGGAAUACAACGAUUCGAUCAUUACUCGCCCUGUCAAAUGCUAAGAAUUGGGAAGUCCACCAAAUGGAUGUCAAAACAGCCUUUUUACAAGGAAACCUAGAAGAAGAAAUAUAUAUGCGACAACCGGACGGUUAUGUUAACAAAGAACUUCCAAAUCAUGUCUGCAAACUUAAGAAGAGCAUAUAUGGGUUAAAACAAUCCGCAAGAUGCUGGAACAAUGCUAUUGACACAUUCCUAAAGUCAAGUGGAUACAAGCAAAUGGAGUCUGAUCCAUGUUUGUAUAAUGAAGUCUAUCAGAGAUCAAAAUGGAGUUAUCAAAUUUGUCAUUCUAUCGAUUCACGUUGA